CGCGCCUGGAGCAACCCCUAAAUAACCUCCCCGGCAGCUUCAAACAUCCACAAGCUACGUACUCUUGAAGAUAUGGCAUCUAUAAGGAGCAAGAUCAAGAUACUGUGGUUGUCAGCCGUGGUGUGGGCGUUGCUCAUCUCUUCUGGCGCCGCGUUUGAUUGGUACGACGAGCCCGGAAGGCCUCUCAAUGAAGACAUCUUCUAUCAGAAUUACAACGUGGAGACGGGUCCACGUGCGGUAGUUCCAGUGGAAGAUGGGAACAAAGACGCGGCGGAGGAGAUGGGCCGCGCCAUGCUGCUCUACAAGAUCAUGCAGAGCCUGAAGCUGAGCAGGGGCAUCGCUGGACAGUACUACAGACCGAACCCUGAUACCAUCGAUUACGUGGACGUGGACCAAACCCCAAUGAACAUGGACAUCAAGGUGGCCAAGCGGGUGGCCAAGGCCGCGCAGCCCGAAGACGCCAAGAAUACAAAGCCCAACGCACAGGCACAAACCCAAUCCAAGCCAGCCAAGGUGAAACCAACAAGGGUUCCUGUAAUAUGUUACUUCAAGCUUUGCUCCUACCGAGUCACGCUCUAAUUGACAAACAGACAAAUGUCGAUUUUCUAUAUAUAACUUGAGCAUUCUCAAAUAAAAACCGAUGAUAAUAUUUAACUUUGAUGGUUCUAUAACUACCAUUUUUAUAAAGCUAGUCUAACUUACUUAGUACUUUAAAAAUUCAAGUAGAUUCAAGUUAUUUUAUUUAAGAUUACGCUAUUUACAUCUGAAAAUGUAAUUCAAGAAACCAUUUAUAAUAUUGUAAAGAAAUCCGUCAUGACUUAAAACUGUUAUUAACAAUUAUUAUAUUCCAAAUUGUUUAAAUA